AUGCCUGAAGAGAACCACACUGCUGUGACCGAGUUCAUUCUGCUGGGUUUCACCGGCCGUCGGGAGGUGAAGUUUUCUUUGUUUGGGCUCUUCCUUCUCAUCUAUGUCACCACGCUGGGGGGCAACGCUGGCAUCAUCGUGCUCGUCCGGCUCAAUGCCCACCUUCACAUGCCCAUGUACUAUUUCCUGAGCAAUUUAUCUUUCUUAGACCUCAGCUAUGCCUCUGCCAUUGCUCCCAAGCUGCUGGUGAAUCUUGUAGCACAGCGCACCACCAUUUCUUUCUUGGGCUGUGCCACACAGAUGUUCCUCUUUGCCGCCCUGGCUGAUGCCGAGUGCUUCCUUUUGGCUGUGAUGGCCUAUGACCGCUACGUGGCCAUCUGUCGCCCUUUUCUCUAUUCCGUAGCCAUGUCGCACCGGGCCUGCGCCUCCAUGGUAGCUGGGGCCUAUCUCAGCGGGGGCCUGACCUCGCUGGUGCACACAUCUUUCACGUUCACCCUGUCCUUCUGCGGCUCCAACACCAUCAACCACUUCUUCUGCGACAUUCCCCCGCUGCUGGAGCUCUCCUGCUCCAACACCAAGGUCAACGAGGUGCUUCUCUUCACCUUGUGUGGCUUCAUACAAACCAGCACCUUCCUGGUUAUUGUCAUCUCCUACACCUGCAUCCUCGGCACCAUCCUUCGGCUUCACGCAGCAGAGGGCAGGCGCAAGGCCUUCUCCACCUGCACCUCCCACCUCACAGCCAUUGGGUUCUUCUACGGCUCCCUCCUCUUCAUGUACUUACGGCUCACCUCCGUCUACUCUUCAGACACUAACAAACUGAUUACUUUGUCUUGCACCAUGGUCUUUCCCAUGCUGAACCCCAUGAUCUACAGCUUGAGGAACAAGGAGGUGAAGGAAGCCUUAAGAAAGUCACUAGAGAGGAAAGUGUUUUCUCGGUCAUUUACUUAG